AUGGCCGACUCCCAGCAGCCUUCGUCGGACGCUGUACCACCACCGCCACAACCAACGUCCACCACGCAAGGAACAGAAAAAUCAACUCCAACAUUCACACCUACACUGGCUACAGCUCCAGCUACAGCAGUGAACCCUGGACCCUCAAAUACUCCUGACCCAAGCAAUACAUCGACGUCUACCAUUCGUACCGACGAUGACACUACAAAUAACGACGUUGAGAUGACCACUAAUACCUCGAUUACAGCACGGCCGGAUGUGACGAUGAGCGGGACAAGUGAAGCUGCGACUUCAGCCGCAAAUGGCACCAAUAAUACCAAUAUGGUGGACAGCCAGCAAUCGAUGGUGACGGCGACAACGACAUCUGCAGGAGGAGUACCAACAGGAUUCCUAGAUACUGAAGUCAAUCCAGUAUCAGCUGUGGCAGUACUCCCACCGUCGAAGAAAGAUACGAGUCUACGGGAGUUUCUGGGUCAGAUGGAUGAAUACGCGCCUAUCAUCCCCGACGCUGUAACAGCCCACUACCUCACGCUCGCCGGCCUCCCACCUCCAGGGAACGGCCCAAACCAAACCCCCCCACACCUCGCCCGCCUCCUCGCCCUCGCCACCCAAAAGUUUAUCGCCGACAUCGCUGCAGACGCCUACCAAUACUCCCGUAUCCGCAGCUCCAACAGCUCCUCCUCAAACAAUCCCAUGGGCGCCAUAAAUCUUUCCACAGGUUUGCCUCAGGCGGUAGCUGGCGGCGGUGCUGGGAGUGUAGGUGCGGGAGGGGCUGUUGCAGCAGGAGGGGCGGGGGGUGCUGGCGGUGCUGGUGAGGGGACGAAAGGGAAGGGUGGUACAAGUGGAUUGCAUUUGGGUGUGCAGAGACCUGGGUUUGGAGGUGGAGGGCAGGGAGGCCAGCAGGGACGGACUGUGUUGACGAUGGAGGACUUGGGGAUGGCGGUUGCGGAAUAUGGGGUUAGUGUGAAGAGGGGGGAGUUUUAUCGUUAA